UCAAUUAAUGCGUAUUUAUUCAAAUUGCAAAUUUUAAACAAUAACGUCAUUUUUGUUUGCUUGCGUCCUGCGUCAAUCAAAACCUUUCCCGCCUUUUUGUGUCCUACAUAACGGCAACACUGGGGGGUCUACGCACCUUUAUAAAUCGGAGCAAAGGCGGGAAUUUUGGCAUUUAACGUUUGUAUGGUACGUUUUUUUUGUGUACAUUGCGUUUUGUGAAAGUACUUAUUCAAUUUAGCUAAUUUUAUUACCAAAAAGACCACAAAAUGCCUUAUGUAAACGGCAAAGAAAAUGUCGACAUAACCUCGAGUCCCGCCAAAACCGUUCUUAGUGAAAAUGCGAUCAACAUUAUACACAAUUCCACUAAAAAGAGCAACGUGAACGAGCUAAAAUCGAAACCAAAGUUUGACCCACAGCUCGAGCCACUACUACGCGAUAACCCCAGGCGUUUCGUCGUGUUCCCGAUCGAAUAUCCGGACAUCUGGGCAAGGUACAAAGAGGCCGAGGCCUCCUUUUGGACUACGGAGGAGGUGGAUCUGUCUCACGACUUGGAGCAUUGGAGGGGUUUGAGCGACGACGAACGGUACUUCAUUUCGCACGUUCUUGCCUUUUUCGCAGCCUCUGAUGGUAUCGUAAAUGAAAAUCUAGUCGAACGUUUCAGCCAGGAGGUGCAAGUGACUGAAGCUCGUUGUUUCUACGGUUUUCAAAUAGCGAUCGAAAAUGUUCACUCUGAGAUGUACAGUUUGUUGAUUGACACCUAUAUAUCAGAGCCGAAACAGAAGGACCAUCUGUUUAAUGCCAUCGAAACAAUGCCGUGCGUCACUAAGAAGGCAGAUUGGGCUCUAAAUUGGAUUGCUAGCGAGGAUGCGACCUUUGCCGAACGUGUGGUUGCAUUUGCCGCAGUGGAGGGCAUUUUCUUUUCAGGUAGUUUCGCGUCAAUCUUCUGGUUGAAGAAGCGGGGACUUAUGCCUGGUUUAACAUUUUCGAAUGAGCUGAUUUCUCGCGACGAAGGGCUACAUUGCGCAUUUGCCUGUUUAAUGUUUUCACAUCUGGUUCAAAAGCCUACAAAAGAACGUGUCACGAGUAUAAUUCGUGAUGCUGUCCAGAUUGAGCAGGAAUUUUUAAGCGAAGCCAUACCUGUCAGUCUUAUUGGUAUGAACUGUACUUUAAUGUGUCAGUAUAUCGAAUAUGUAGCUGAUCGUUUGCUGCUUGAUUUAGGAUGUGAUAAAAUUUAUGACGUUACUAAUCCAUUUGACUUUAUGAAUAAGAUUUCCAUUGAAGGUAAAACUAACUUUUUUGAGAAGAAAGUAGGGGAGUAUCAAAAGAAUGGAGUUGUUGAUAACAUUAGCAUUUCUUUUGAUGCUGAUUUUUAGAAAAACGUUGUUUUCAACCUAGUGUUUUUAAGGUUUUAUAAUUAAUUUAUUUUACCAAAGGACUGUUCUAUUUUCCUCGUUUUUUGAAUAGAACAACAGACACACUUGUACUUUUACCAUAUGAGUAAAAUGACUGGUAGUUUAAUCUACUUAAUCUCCAGAGCUUUUUAUGUUUUUGUUCCAAAUUUACAAUACUUAAUUACACGUAAGCAGCUUGUGCAGUUAGAUUAUGUUCGUUUUUGUAGUAAACUUAUUUUAUAUAAAUAGUGAAAUUAAUUUUAAAUAUAGAGCUUUAUUAGUAAGAUAU